UUUAUCGUUGUACCUUCAACACGCAGUCCACCACAAAAGCACGAGAGCUUGUGCCCCAGGGGAUCCUUCAGCUCAGCCCUCAUGUCUAGGAGCACCAUGUCUCGCCAAUCCAAUGGCGAUUCCACCCCAGCACGAGAUCUGCUCUUACCGCACCCCGCCGAGGAUUUGUCGGCUGAUGAUGAUCUCUUGUCAUGGGUGCUUGUUGACCAGCUCGGUUGCAUGCCAAAUACAAGGCUUGGAGUGCAUCCUCAGCAGGUGAAAUUUGUGGGGCCUCCAUUCAAGACUGAUGAGGUGUUGAACAUUGUUAGGGAGACCGUAACCAAAGGGGACCUGAACGGGGCUAUGAAGCGGCUCCAAGAAUUUUGGUUGUUUCAACAGCAUCUGCAAAGUAAGCUUACGACGAACCAGAAGGAGCGUUUCAUCCAACAUCUACGUCGGUACUUGCUGUGUCUCCAGCCCACAUCUCGAGUGGAAAUCCACUUGACUUCUCGUUAUUCUUUUGCCACAGGCCAUACAGAACUUGCUGUAUUUGCUACCCGUCCUCUCGCCCGAGGCCUAGUUGUUCAAGAGCUUCAAGGUAGUGUCGUACCACUCCCCGAAGAAUGGCGUGAGGAGAUGGACAUUGGCGAUGACUUUGCGGUUGAAGCUGCGGAAGAGUCGGGCUCAGAGAGAGACGAGGAAGAAGAAGACGUCCGCUCAGAAGCAUUUACCUCUACCUCUGGUAGAAGAGGGAAAAGCAAGGCAAAGGAAGAAAGUAGACGGCAAGGCCAAAGAAGAAGCGAUAGGACAAAGAGAAGAGAUUUCAGCAUUGUCUGGUCCGGGCUGAAGCGGUGCUACCAACUGUUCUUGGGCCCAGCGAGAUUCUUGAAUCACGACUGCAAUCCAAAUGUCGAAUUAUUGAGACAAGGGAACUAUGUCACCUUUCGCGUGAUUAGGCCAGUGCGAAUUGGAGAGGAAUUGACCACGUUUUACGGUGAAAACUAUUUCGGUAAAGGGAAUGUAGAAUGUCUUUGCCUCACCUGUGAGAAGAAUCAUCACGGUGGCUUUACGCCGAAGCCAGAAAGCUCGCGGCGUACUUCUCGGCAUCUAUCCCGUGAUUUCACUGCGGAUCCCCCUUGCGUAAGAGGCAGAUCAUCGGUAUCUCGUUCUCGAGAAUCGAUAAGUACUGGGCCUACUUCUUUGAAACAUGAAACAGCAGUCAAACAAGAGCCAUUCUCCGAUGAUGAGCACGAAGUAUCCAUUGGGUUAUCAACUGCGCCCUCACUCUCUACGGAAGAGGAAUGUGAUACACCUAUCGACAAUGUCUCUAAUACCCCGCGUGUCGCCUCUCCAUUUGGAGAGAGUCUUGCUUCGGAUGUGGACUCAGUUAUUAUGCCACCGCGCAGAGAGCGCUAUGCACGUAAAGCUGCUCAGAACUCUAAAUCUUGGCUCUUGUUGAAGGGCCGAGGGCCAAAAACCGACAUAGACGAAGAUCUUGCUUUUGUAGGAGGCGAUGAGGAAUUUCCACCCGACUUUCCACGGUGCGCCACAUGCGCCAAGCCUCUGAGCGAUCAAAUAUGGUACAACGGAAGAUAUUUUGAUCAUUGUCAAAGAUGUGUACGCCAUGCGCUUGUGUUCCAGCUUCCAUGGCCAGCCCACAAGCCUCAAGAAGUGCAGGAAUAUCCUCCAGCCUACCUUAUCCCUCCCGGUUAUAUCCCUCCAAAGAUUUCCACCGUUCCUCUGCCAUCGCUAAGCAAGAAUAGGCUGCCCCCUCGUGUUAACGUUAUUGCUACCUCCCAGACACCGCCCAGAGCGGGUAAUUCAAUGGAAGAUCGGGCGCACCGUCUUCGCAAGCAGAUCGAAAUAGAAGAGUUUAUUGUUAAUUCCUUGCGUGAGGCAGCCUGGUCCGUGCAGGAAGCAAAAGAAUUGGCACAAGAGGCCAAAGAAGAGGCAAAAAGGAAGAAAAAGGAGGAGAAAAUGAGAUUGGACGCCUUGAGGAUAAAGGGAAAUGGCAUUUGGCAGAGGUACGAAUAUGUUGACGAAGAAGAAUUGAAAAGAAAGCAAGAGGCAAUGUGGCGUGUGGAACCUGGGACCACGAGGAGGGGAACAGUCAGGAAAAUCCCUCAGGUCGAGAACAGCGAUGGGAAAAGGGACAAGCAAACGGGAAAGGAAGCCGAGGGUACAGUUGCAGUUAUUAAUGACGAAGCUCGCGCAAAAAAAAACGAGGAAAAGAAGAGGAAGAGGGCUGAGGAGAAACUAAAAAGAGAGCAGAAAAUGCGAGAAGAGGAGAGAAGGAAAGAGGAGAAGAGGCUCAAAGACAGAGAAAGAAAGCGGCGAGCUAAAGAGAUGAAGAAAGAGGAAAAGGAAAGGGCGGUGCUGACUGCAGUUUCCAACUAUACAUCAACUUCCCAUAGGGACAACGGUUACGUCCAACCAUCGGUUGAUAUUGACGAGGGAGAUAAUGAGGAUCUCGAAGACGAAAUUAUGGUGGCAGCUGCGCCCGAACUAUUGGCAUACUACUCUCCGGAGACGUCAAGAACGACCGAAUUACCGUCAUCAGCUGUUAUCUCCGCCCGUCCCUUGGCCCGCCGAAUUUCGAAGAGCACCUCGCAAUCCCCAUUAUCAUCAGGAUUCAAGAUCCUCACUAGCUCGCCCCAGACUACUAUAUCAAUGAGCGCGAUUUCUGCUUCAAAUAACUAUGCUGUAGGCGUAGGCGUACCAGCGUCUACUCCACCUGAAGCUAUCAUGCUUCAUAUUCCUGCUCGCGAUCUUUCAUCCAAGGAUUCUGCUUCAUCAAAGCUGAAAAGAAAAAGACCUCCUGGAACAGUCAAAACAAUGAAAGAUCAGAUAACUGAGACCGCUCCCGCAAAAUCAGAAGAGGCGAAAAGCGAGAAAGGCGGUGGAGGGUCAUCAACACUAAUGGGCAGCAGCCAGAGGAAAGAGGAAAGUGUCUUGCCGAAGGAAGACAAGGGAAAAGGAAAGGACCUCGCAUCUCAUUCGCCCAAGUCAACCAUUUCCACCAUGGACUUUACGAAGCAGACGGCACUUAUUUCCCAGGAGCUUCCUUUUGGGCGGUCCGGAGGAUACUUUCCUCCUCCAUUUUCACCUCUCCGUGCCAAUGACUACCCGCCUGUGGCAACCAGGGCCGCUCCUGAUCUAGCGCCAACGCUCUCUCGACUUGACACUUCCCCUCAGGACGUGGCGAUCGCCUCAGCUAGUUCUUCCAGUGACGCUUCACUUUCUUUGACCACGGUUGCAGCCGUCAAAGAUGCAAUGGACGGUGAACCGCUUCAAGAAAAGCUUCAGGGGCUGGUACAGAAUUUUGACCCGUCAACUGCAAGUAAAAACCACAAGAAGCGAUUAUUCGAGCAUGGAGUUGAGGCGACAUCGCAACUGCAGCUACCGCCUGCUAAGAAACGGACGUUUUUCCCAUCCACCUUCCAACAUCCCAUGGAGAUGUAACCCUCUAUACCAUGUUCUAGUAUCAUCUUGUGUACAGUUGUAGAGCCCACCAUGUUAUCAUA